UUCAGGAGGAGUGUGGAUUGGGUGAAACAUCGAGGGGACGUAAGUAGAACAACAGAGGGCACCAGAGACUCCACCAUCCCCAAAAGUAGAUGAUAAAUGAGACACUUGAGGAACAAGAGCUCAUUGCCGUGUCUCAGCACUCCUGAGCUGUUGACAGCAGAUUCGCAGCCAGCUGUGCCCUCUGCACCAGCACCCACGAUCUCAAAAGAUCUCCUUCCCUGCCAAGAGGCCCACAUCCACGCUGCAGCCGUCCGAAGGACUAAACUUGCCCAACAGCCCCACAAGAAACAGAGACAGCCCAACAUGGAGAACUGCACUGAAGACGAUGACAUGCUGCAGAAUGGUGUUGUGCUAUUUCAGCUGAUCAUCUACAUCCCAGUGCUUGCUUUGGGGAUCCCACUGAACAUGGUUGCCUUCUGGGUCUUCUGCUACAAACUCAAGAGUUGGACCGAGACCAGGGUGUACAUGAUCAACCUCAUGGUCGCAGACAGUUUCCUGCUUUUUGCCCUUCCCUUCCUGAUAUACUUUACCAAGUACGACUACCCCACAGGCAACCUGUGUUCCACCAUACGGAACAUCUAUUGUACAAACAUGCCUAUGAGCAUCUUUAUCAUCACCUUGAUUGCGAUUGAUCGAUACGUUGCAAUCAAGUUCCCUCUAAAAGCAAAGAUUCUUCGAUCCCCACGGAAGUCAGCUUCUAUCUGUGUGUUUCUUUGGAUAAUGCUAAUGAUUUAUUCCUACUUGCAAUCAAUAUUUCACGAACAAAAUGAAAAAUACUGUUUUCAGAAACAAUCUCUUGAACCUAAUUAUUCUUUAUUAUUCUCCAUUAGCUUUCAGUAUUUUAUUCCCUUGGGGACUGUGAUUUUUUGCUCAGUACAAGUCAUCAAAUGCCUCAGAAGGAAGAUGACCACAAGCCCUUAUGAGACAAAAUUAAUCCAGAAAGCAGUCCACAUUGUUUCAGUGAAUUUGUUUGUGUUUGUUGUGUGUUUUUCACCUUUCUACAUCACGCUGCUCAUACGGUUUGCAGUGGACGUUGCUGGAGCUCGUUCUCUGUGCUCAGCAGUUAGCACUUCUAUUCAUAUCUGUGCAUGCUUAGCAAAUUCUAACUGCUGUUUGGAUGUGUUUUGCUAUUACUUUGCAGCCAAGGAAUUUCAGGAAUUUCCUUCUCUGUUCCCCACCUGCAUAACAAUGAGGUCCAAGAUGAACCAAAGUGAAGAGUCACAGCAACCCACAGAUCAAGUCAUGUCAUAACAAAGGUGUAGUGCACCUGUAGGUGUUAAGAGCCACAAUGCUGCCAAAGUUUCAAGGCAGAGGGAAUGGGACCACCUACAGUAUUUGCAAUCAUUGUGCAAUCACACAUGCAAAAAGUGACAAUCACCUCCAAGGGGUCUGAUGUCUACUUGAAUUUUGUCCGUCUGUCCUCAGCGACUUGACUCCAGCUCUGACUAUCGUCUUAGAUAGUUGUACCGCAGCUUCAGGCACUGGUAUGACUGACAUUUCACUGCAAGCACAGCAAAAGGGCUGUAUGUGUAUGUGACCAACCUAAUCCUUGCACGCUGUCUGGCCCUCAUUCUUCCUUUUAAAGUCUGCUUUCAAAGACAGGAAAAGAUACAAGAGAGGAAUAGUGCCUGAUCUUAAAAACCAUCUAUCACUUAAGGAGAUGUGCUAGUGUGGUCACCCUUGUAGCUGUCAGCAAAUAUGCUUCAAUUACCUGUCCU